GAGAAGCAGGGUUUGGGUUCUCUCUUCCCGCGCAGAUGGAAGCUUCCUUGGACCUCAGAGCGCACCAACAAUUCUAGUUUCUUUAAAACUUCGUGUUCAGGCAAUUUUUAACCUCCAGAGGCUUGGUGGAACUACAGCCGAAGACAUGAUGGCUACAACUCAAGAUCAAAAUCCGGGUUCUAGUUCAGAUGAAAACUGUCUAUGGAGAUUUCGAGAGAAGCUUCUGGCUAUUGAUGAAGAACUGAAGGUUCAAGAUGUGGAAAGCCUAAAGUUUCUCUGCAUAGGCUUCAUCUCCCAGAAUAAGCUGGAAAAGUCCAGCUCGGCCUUGGAUCUUUUUGAUCACCUUAUGGCGCGGGAGUUGCUAAGUGUGAAAGAAACCUUCUUCCUGGCAGAACUCCUCUAUACCAUCAAGCAGAAUCGUCUGCUGCAUCACCUCGGCUACACCAAAAAGCAGGUGGAGGGUUUGCUCCCCACCCAAAGGAAGCUCUCUCUGUUCAGGAAACUGCUCUUUGAACUGUCAGAAGGCAUUGGUGAAGAGAAUUUGAAAGACAUCAUCUUCCUGCUAGGAGAUAACAUUCCCAAAACCCCGAUGACUUCUCUAAGUUUAUUGGACUAUCUAGAAAAAAAAACUGAAAUAGAUGAAGAUAAUCUGAUUAUACUGGAGAAAGCUUUUCAAAAGAUUCUACCUUGCCUUAUAAAGAAGAUAGAGAACUAUAAAAGAGAGAAAGCUGCCCAGGAAGCAACACCUCCUGUGGACAAAGAAACUGAGUCAUUGCAUCAAGGAGAGGAAGGAAUAUUUUCCCCAUCAGACAUUAAACAGUUCUAUGGAGCCCUACCAGAGGUACCGUGGCAAAAUGAGCACUCAAGGAAUCAUGGCAAUGGAGCAGCAAAUGCUGUACCAAUCCCUGUGUCCGGGGCGACGUUGGGAGCAUCUAACACCCUUGGUUCUGAAACCUGGACAAAGGAGACAAGUAUGUACAGGAUGGAUCGGAAGCACAGAGGCCACUGUGUCAUUAUCAACAAUCAUAGAUUUACCUCUUCGUAUGAUAGACCAGGAACCCAUAAAGAUGCUGAGAGCCUACAGCUUGUGUUUGAGUGGCUUGGGUUCACAACACACAGACAUGAUGAUGUGACUAAAGGAGUCAUGGACAAAAUUCUGCAGGAGUAUAAGAGUCAUCCAGGCCAUGAUGAUGGAGACUGUUUUGUGUUCUGCAUUCUGACCCAUGGGGAAUUUGGAGCAGUCUACUCUUCAGAUGGGGUCCUAAUUCCUAUUCGGGAGAUCACACAUCACUUCACAGCCUAUCAGUGCCCCGGGCUGGCUCGAAAACCAAAACUCUUUUUCAUCCAGGCCUGUCAAGGGACAGAGAUACAACCUUCUGUGUUCAUUGAAGCAGAUGCUCAGAAUUGUGAGCAACUUUCCCUUCAGGAUAGUGUUCCCAAUGAGGCAGACUUCUUGCUUGGUCUGGCCACUGUCCCAGGUUAUGUGUCCUUUCGACACAUACAAAAUGGCAGCUGGUAUAUUCAGUCUCUGUGCAAGCAUCUGAAGAAGUUGGUCCCAAGACAGGAAGACAUCUUAUCCAUCCUCACUGCUGUCAACGAUGAUGUGAGUCAACAGAUGUGCAGAGAUGGAACACGGAGACAGAUACCCCAGCCUGCUUUCACACUAAGGAAAAAAAUAGUGUUCCCUGUACCACGACUGUUAUUGUAGAGAGUUUUCAUUGACUCCUAGACAUGAAUGGAAACUUUGGUUAUGUCCUCCAGCCUCCCUUCCAGUAUAGGAAUUAGUGAUAGGUGGUGAGUUGGUCUCCACCUGUCAUUCUAGCAAUAGGAAAUACCUUGUUUGAUGACACAGUCAAUUCUACCUUUUUUUUCUUUUGACAAGUCUAGAUGUUAGAAAACUUUCUUUAUUGAUUGAAGACUUGGGUUGUAACCUUGGUUUUGGGUGUGUACUCCAAAGAACAAAUAACUGACCUUGGUUUGUGCAUCUGUGAAAUGCAAGGUGGGAUCAGGUACAUUUUCAGAUUCCUUCAAGUUCUAAGAACCAUUAGCCUAGACUGAGCUUGACUUUCCUCUCUAGAUGACUGCAGCUUGAUUAUAAUUCUGUGUCCUCUCUGCAUGGCCCUGGAUAUUGGAUGAUGAGAUUAUGAUGCACCUUCCCUCUUCUAUCCCCCUUCCUAAGCUUCUCUUCUGCACAUGUAGUAAGGGGAAUCUGGUCUAUGCCACAGCCCAUCUCCUGAUUUAGUGUAGGGAAGGUGCUUAUGCAGGAACUGUUUUACUUGGGCUGGGCAGAGGUUUGGUUCUAGGAAGAAGACACCUCAGGGGGAAGACAGACAUACUCAGCUGCUUUAGAAACAGAAACUUCAUAACCUGAUGUCACAUUCUCUGUUGCUCAAAAAUUUUUCAGGUGCUGGUGACACAACACCCAAAUCAAACUGACUAAAGCAAAGCAGGGAAUUUUUAUUCCUCCCUUUUUUUCUUGGAAACCCACAAGUCAGUAGCACUGGCUUCAGGCGACUCUUGAAUCAGUACUCAGUCUACAAGGCAGCACUUGUCUGUUCAUUUGCUGUUCUCAGGUUGGCAACUGUGCUCUGUGGACUGCAGUCAACAGCUCCACCUUAUCACUAGUACACAGUGCUCCUCUGCUCCAAAGAUGAGGAAUGAGGUCACCUCAGGGAUAGGAGUUGUUCAUAGGGAUCGUUGGACCCUCUCUGACCAGAGGGAUGUCUGACGAUGCCUGGAGGGGCUGACUUUGUAUAGAAGCCAUGAUAAUUUUUACAUUAAGGUUUUAAACAUGUCCUUGAAUGUUUUUCUCAAUUCCAAGAGGAAAUUUUUUUCUUUUUAAUUCCUGGGAACAUAUUUUGAAUCCUUGAAGGCUUGACCUAAGAAAAGGAUGGAAAAUUUUGUGGUAAAGUCUUUGUUUAUUGAUGAAGAAGCUGAGGCAAUUUGCUUACAGUCCUUCAGCCAGUCAUUGCUUACAGAAUUCCAUUUCCCACUCCAGUGGACUGUAAUGUCACGGGGCCUGACAGGAUAUUAUAUUUCUUUGAAUAUGCAGAUGCUUAUAAAAGGUGUUAAGGAAUGAAGAAAAAUAACUCUCAGAGGUGCUUGACUUCAUAAUUAUUUAUAUGAAAAUCCAAUUCAUAGUGAAUUUGCUGUGAGAAGUAUUCCUAAAUACCCUGUUAUAAUGUAACUGAUCAUUGCAGGGACUUGAAUGUAGCUUGAUUACGGAAAUAAACCCAAUACCUAUGUUAGGAUGAUCUUGCAAAAUCCUUGUUCAAACUGAUCAAGGAUAAAAGCUGGUCAUCAUAGUAUUUGUCUAGUUGUAUACACAUAGCCUUUGGCUGUUUAACAGUCUUUUUCAAUGAAGUUUGGUGUGGUAUAAAGGAAAUAACAAAGGAUCUGAAAAUUGAGGCCUUGGAUUUCCAUUUCACCCUACAAAACUCUAUGCUCUGAAACAGUUGCUAGAUCAGAUUUUUUUUGAGCCUUCUCUGUUGUAGAAAAUAAUAACUGUUGGGAAGAUGAAAGAAUGUGUAUCUGUAUACGCACUUAAAUUCAACUGUGACAUGUACAUGCAUGACUUUUAGGUGGUGGAGUUCUCUGGUAGUAUUCUAAGUGGAAAUAGCAGGACUUGAGUUCCUUUGUGCUUAAUUUCAGUUAAUUUCACUAGCAGCACACUAGCAAUAGCCCCUGACAUCCUCUGAGUGAGGAGCCAGGUCUCCCUUAACUGGACAUCAUGAGAUGUCCCCAGCAGCAGAAGGCCUUUUGGCUUGAGUCCAGUUGAUAAAAUUUUCAACAGUUGAUGAAAUCUUCAGCAGCAGUUGGGGGCUGAUGUUCAAGUCCAGGGCCUGAGAUUUAUUUCACAUUUUGGUAUCGUUGGAACCUAGUGCAUAUAGAUUGUUUAAAUUCUGAUCAGAAAAUUUUCCAUGAACUUUGUAGAGGCCUCCAGCAAGCAACUUUAGGAAUUCCUGGGCUGAGUCAUGGAUAUAUACAGUCACCAGGGGUACAGUCAUUCUUGACUCAUUUCUCCUACUCAGGGCAUGUGCACCCUCCAAGAAGGUGCAAAACAUAUUUAUCUGUGUUUAAGUGUCUGUGUGAAUUUAAAGUCCAGGAAUAACAGGUUGUUUGGUGAUAGCUAUUUGAGAGUGGCUACAGCCAUUGUUGGUCCAGACUUAAAUGAAGGAAAUGGGAAAAUUGAGUGAAGUUCUUACAUAUUUUGCACAGUCAUGCUCAACCUACAAGAGUUUUAGUUAUUAUUUUUUUCCUUUCUGUUCUCUCAUUCUUUCACAAAAGUUUGGGUACUGUCACACAAAAUCAAAAGACAUGAAAACAGUCAAAAAGGUAUUAUGCAAUUGUAUAGUUAUUUAAUACUAAUUCUACUGAUUAAAUUCUACUGAUUUAAUAUGAAUUCUAUUAAUAACUGAUUAUUAUUAUGAGAGCUACUGGUAGGACAUCCUACUGACCUCACUUCAGGGGGCCAGUGGGGGCGGGUGGGUUUGAUAUCUUGCGGCUUACUCUUAACGAACACUGUAUUUCACUAGUGCUCAGGUAAUGUUACACAUCUGAGCAAAUGGUGUCUUAUGAGUACUGACCCAUUAAAGCAGACCCUGGCAGGUGUAACACAGUGGUUCAUGCUGCUGAUUUGCAGCCCUUUUUUCAUGAUUAAGUCUCCAUGAAGAUAAACCAACUUAGACGUUUACCUCGUUUUACAGGCAAUCUUUGUGCCAUACAUUCACUCAGAUAACUUUCUAAGUGAUCCAGGCAAAUUGUUUUCAACCUAGAAUACUUGGGUCCUUGGAGUAUUUGUGAAUUUAUUCUUAGGGUCUAUGAGCUCUCCAUCUUCUUUUUCAAUUUUUAUUUUGAAAAAAAUAAAAUAAUUUCAAAAAAUUAUUUUUUCCCAAUAAUCUUUAAAAAUUAAUAGAUAGGUGUCUGGGCUCUUUUGACUGUUUCAGAUUUGAGUACUGACACACAAUUUCUGUGCAGACAUUCUGGUACCCACAGAAAAUAAUGAAAUUUACCUUGAACUGUUAAUAUAGAUGGAUGGGUGUCAGAUUAUUGUCAGGAGCCAGUAGUUAAUCCAUUUGGUACUACUCCAACUCAUCCUCUCUUUCCAUGAUCAACGUCUACUUUACAGUCCUUCACCUCUGCUUAAGUCUUCCAAGGAGGAAGUGGGGUCAUACCACAAGUGGGGUCAUGGAGCUGGGAGUUUUAAAGGACCCCAGUGACCUCAUUGUCCAGGACUCAGAGUGUUAAACAACUCACAAAAGUAUCAUAGCCAUUAGUGGAGGAUUUGCUCUGGUGUGUAUCUGUGGAUUUGCAAUCUUAUGCCUCCAAGUCACUUGGUCUCCUUUUGGCAGCUUUAAUUGUUCUUUAUUCCUGUUGAACUGGAACCAAUUUAAAAACCACUUGUUCUCAUUCUAAACUUGGGCCAUACAAAAUAAGAGUAACUGUCCUCUGGUGAGGUAUGUUUGUGAAAAAUCAUUGAUCUUUUUCUGGUAUGGUGUGUGUCUUAUAGAAGGUCUACAGAUUGCCCUUAAGGAUUGGUAUGAAUAUACUAUAUAGUUAUAGCUUUGCAUAGGAACUAAAAUUUUAAGUUUAGUUUUUAUUUUAAAUGGAACUCUAAAAAAAUUUUAAAAAUGGGACCCUCUUAAAAAUGCUAAAGGAGCUCUCUGCUUCCUGAUGAUCAUGUGAACUACUUCCCUCUACCACGUUCUUCCUCCAUGACCUUCUGCCUCACCUUGAGCCCUCAGGAAUGGAGCCAGCCUUCUAUGGAUUAAGACCUCUGAAACCAUGAGCCCUUAAAUAAAACUUGUCCUCCUCUACAUAUAUUCUGAUAGAGUCCUUUAGUCACAGCGGUGAAAAAGCUGACUAAAACAGAAAUUGUUACUGUGAAGUCGUUACUGUGAUUAACCUGACCAUGUGGUUCUGAAGCUUUUUGAGCCUUUUGGAAUUGGUGGGAGGAAUUUUGAGAUGUUUAGCUGUGUAAGCUGGAAAUGUUUUAGGUUGUUGUAAGCAGAGCUUAAUGACUGAUUCUGGUGGGAGCUCAGACCAGAAUGCCAAUAGGACUGUGGACUAUGAAGACAGGGCUCAAGAGGGUUUAGAGGAAAAGGAGAACACUAUGAUAAUUUGACUAGAGGACAUUCCCAUUAUGUUCUGACUGAGAAGUUGUCUGUAUUUUGCCCAUGUCCUGAGACUUUCUGUGAGGCUUAUUUUAAAAGCGAUGAACUUCUUAAUCUGGUGGAGGAAAUUUCUAGGCAGCAUAGCAUUCAGGCAGUGGCAUGGAUAUUGCUGGCAGCUUUUAGCCAAACUUAUUGUGAUAAUCAGGAGCAGAAAACAGAGCAGAAAGAUUUGGAAAGCAUGGACUUAAAAGGUGGGAGUAAAACUAGGGCUAAGGAAGUUGCAGUUGUUGUAGACAUUACGACCACUAAAGAAAUGUCAAACACUUUGCUCAGAGACAAGGAGAAAGGUGGUUUGAGGACAUCUCAGGAAUUGGCAAGACCACACCCAUUUCAGACUCAAAGAAGUAAAAGUAAAAAUUCUCUUGAGACAAGACCAGUGGGGAAUUCUUCUUGUACAAGGGGGCCUAGAAAGUUUUUUCAAUAUGAUCAGCCACCCAGGCACUCAGAGUUUGCUGCAGCCAGGGCCCCUGGAGACUUGGCUACUGCUUGAGAUGGCUUCAAUCACAUGGUGCUGGUUCUGAAGGAAUACAGGAUGUUGGAGCUAGGGGGUCAUGGAGGCUUCCACCAAGAUUUCAAAGAAAGACCUUGGAGGCCAGGUAAGGUGCAGCAGUGUCAGAGUCCCUGCAGGCAUCCCCUGAGAAGACAAAGCACAGAGAUGUAUGGAGGAAGCCAAAGCUGCAGUGGAGACCCCCAAGAUUAAGAAAUGCUAGUGAUAUGGGACACCAUCUUAGGAAAACUGUAGGAAUUGAGCAGAGACAAGCCAACAGAAAGGCCACUUGGGCUGCACCCAAAAAGGCCACAGGGGAAGAACUACCAAGCCCUUUGGAGAGGGCAUCAUGCCAUAUGCUCCAGAUGCCAGAUGCAGAACUACAGGACUUGUUUGGAUUUUGGUCUUGCUUUGGUCCCAUUCCUUCCUUCUAUGCCCCUGUUUUUGUGAAUGGAAAUGUUUACGCAUAUCUUUAUAUAUUGGAUAUCUGUAAAUUGUUUUUAAUUUUACAUGAGCUCACAAUGUGAGAUUGUUUUGAGCAAGACUUUGGACUUGAGCUUUGAGCAAUCUUGGAACUAUUGAGACUAUGGGGACUCUUAGAAAUGAACAAAAUGUAUUUGUGUGAACUUUGGGGGGCCAGGGGCAGAAUAUUAUGGUUUGGAUGUGAAGUG